AUGUAUCGUGAUUUUUUUUUUUGUUUUGUUUACAGAGCAGUAGGAUGUGGUGCUCGAAGCAGAGACUUGAAACCAUGGAUGCUUGCCCUUCUCGUUUUGCUAAUACUAAUAGUGGUGGUAGUGACUAUCGGUCUUCUGGCUCACUCCUUAGAUUCAGGCCAAAAAAUGGAGUAUUAUCAUGGAACCUUUAAAAUUUCAAAUCUCCAAAUUAGUCAUUCUAUACAAAAUAACACAUAUCAACUGAAGGACUUACGGGAGAUAAGUGAAAACUUGGUGGAUGACAUAUUUAUAGAUUCUGCCUUGAAAAAGCAUUAUAUCAAGAAUCAAGUAAUCAGACUGACACCUUAUGAGGAUGGUGUGAAAGCAGAUGUCAUUAUGGUGUUCCAGUUUUCCUCUGUUGAGCAAAGAGCAGUAAGACAGAAGAAAAUCCAUAACAUCUUAAAUCAAAAGAUAAGGAACACAAGAGCCUUAUCUAUAAAUGCUUCAUCACUUCAAGUUAAUGCAAUGAGCUCAUCAGCAGGAAAGCUAACUGUCCAAGCAUGUUGUGGCAAAAGAAUUGCUCCAUUAAUCAUCAACCGAAUAAUGUCUGGAGACAUUGCGGCUAAGGGAGCCUGGCCCUGGCAAGCUUCGCUUCAAAGGAACAAUAUUCAUCAGUGUGGGGCCACUUUGAUUAGCAACACAUGGCUCGUCACUGCUGCUCACUGCUUUAAGAAUAGCGCAAAUUCACGUCAGUGGACUGUGAGCUUUGGAACAACAAUCAACCCUCCAUUAAUGAAAAGGAAUGUCAGACGAAUAAUUGUCCAUGAGAGAUACCACUCCCCAGCAAGAGAGUACGACAUUGCUGUUGUGCAGUUCUCUCCUAGAGUCGCCUUUUCUAACGACAUCCGCCGAGUGUGCUUACCGGAUGCUUCUGCAUCCUUCCAACCAAACUCAACAGUCUAUAUCACAGGUUUUGGGGCACUUUACUAUGGUGGGGAAUCCCAAAAUGAACUUCGAGAAGCCAGACUAAAACUCAUAAGUGAUAAUGUGUGCAAGCAACCACAUGUGUAUGGCAGUGAUAUAAAAUUUGGAAUGUUUUGUGCUGGCUAUCUAGAGGGAAUUUAUGAUGCCUGCAGGGGUGAUUCUGGUGGACCUUUAGUUGUAAAGGAUCUAAAAGAUACUUGGUAUCUCAUUGGAAUUGUGAGCUGGGGAGAUAACUGUGGUCAAAAGAACAAACCUGGUGUCUACACAAAAGUGACUUACUAUCGAAAAUGGAUUGCUUCAAAAACUGGCCUCUAA